GCUCAUUCUCUGUCAUUGAGAGAGUGCAUUCUGAGGAGUGCUCAGAUUCAGUUUCUUUUUUUCCUUUUCUUUGUCUUCCCACGACUGAUUGAAACUCUCUCUACUGAGGAUUAACUUCCGUUUCGCGAUGCUGGGAUUGUUACUUUCACUAUCAGCAUUUUACUUGACAGCCCGCUCAAAAAGCAAUGAUUUGCUUCUCUCUAAAUUAUUCCAAAAUAUUCAAAAGAGUAUCCGUAACAGUAUUGUUCAUACUCUCAUUGCGGCCGGUAGUAUUAUUUGGAUCAUAAGUGCCCUCCAAGGUAGAGCGACUUUUGACUCUCGAGCAAUUGGUUUGAUGAACAACGUGACCGAUUUGGAAAAACAAUUUGAAAGACGGACCUCAUGGCUCCAACAGUUAUACUUGCAGAAUAUAAUGUAUUUCAUCGCGGCAUUUACUUUCAUUGUCCUUACAUCUUGGGUUCUGGGUGCUAUCUAUAUACAAAAAAAUUACUACUUGGAAAGCACAGUUCCUGGCAGCUCAGGGAACCUACUGCUUGACAAAUUUACGACAACGUGGAAUGAGAAAGUAACAUGCGCUGCCUGUUUGGUUUACUGGAGCUUCCUCGUAGGAACGGUUUUGUGUUACAUUGCCAACAGAGGGCCCCUGUCCAAAGUAUACUACGGUUUGACCGACUACUCUUUAUGGUGGUUGGCCCUGCAAUUUCCCGUCUUAGUGGUGUACCAGGAAUUGGAUAUAUAUUGGCUGCAUCGUUUAUUUCAUGAACCUGGCAUUUUCAUGUCUGUGCACAGAAUGCACCAUAAAGUCAAACAUCAAACAGCCUGGAACUUCCUGGUCGUUCACCCAGUGGAAAUUUUCCUCUUUACAUUGGACCUCAUCAUACCUGCUUUUGUUGUCCCGUUGCAUUACACAACCCUUUUGGCGAGCAUGACAAUAUUAGGAAUGCUAAAUUAUAUACAACAUUUAGGAAUCAGAGUUGAAUUUCCGCCAGCAUUGUCAUGGGUGGCCAGCAGUGGGUUUCAUAUCCUUCACCACAAAUACCCAAAGAAAAAUCUUGGAUUACAACUUCGUCUUUUUGACAAGUUGGCCGGAACUUACUUGGACGACACAAAGGAGCUAUUAAAUGAGAACUGAAGCUGGCACGAAUUUGAGGCUCCCCUAAAUUUUGCCAUCAUUUAUUGUUUGAGCCCAAGGUCUCCGGGUUGAUUAAUGAAUGUUGCAGGCCACGUUAUGAAAUGACGCAGAUCGGCAAAGCAUCAUUUUAUAUAGUGUUGGUUGUCGAUCGAGGUUUGACACGGUACCAAUCGGAUGGAUUUACUUAUCAUUAGAUUCAUAGAUUAGAAAUAUCAUCGCUUUUUCCUUGAAUGAUCUUAAUCAGCUAAGCCUAAUCUGAGUUCGCCCUUGAAAUUUCAUGUGAAAUUUCUCGUGAAAUUUCAAAAGGCCUCAUAAAUUUCAAUUUUUUUGAAAAAUUAAUUUAUUUGCCACUUAAUUCCUUUUCUUCACUCAUGUUCCUAAAUUUAAUAAUAUACAUUUUCUUAUUGUUCCUCACGCCUGUUUUUUCUUUCUUUCCGAUUAGCUAGUCUUGUUACUCUCCUAUAAAUAAUAUGGCAUCGUAAAACAAUUGUUUCCCUCAAAAAAUAGUCAUGAUUGUGCUAUUCUUUUCAGUAGGUAAAAUUCUUC